AACAUUUCGCGGGCAGAAUCAAAACCACACAAGUCAACCAGCCAGCCGGAAUUUUCAAGCAAAGCUGGACGUCGCCAUGCAGAGAGUCAGUCGUCUGAAGCGGGAGAUGCAGCUCCUCACCGCUGAACCUCCUCCAGGAGUCUCGUGCUGGCAGUCAGAGGGACGCCUGGAUGAACUACAAGCCCAAAUUGUUGGAGGUGCAAACACUCCGUAUGAAGGUGGUGUGUUCACAUUGGAAAUCAACAUACCUGAGAGGUAUCCAUUUGAACCUCCAAAAAUGCGUUUCCUGACUCCCAUUUAUCACCCCAACAUUGAUAAUGCAGGACGCAUUUGUCUUGACGCUCUGAAACUGCCACCAAAGGGAGCUUGGAGGCCCUCGCUUAACAUUUCAACAGUUCUCACAUCCAUACAGUUAUUGAUGGCCGAACCAAACCCUGACGACCCUCUCAUGGCUGAUAUAUCCUCAGAAUUUAAAUACAACAAACCACUAUAUCUUGAAAAGGCAAAGAAAUGGACAGCUGAGCAUGCAAUUCAGAAGAACAAGGGUUGCGUGGAGACGGAUGGAAAGCCUCCUGAGAAUAAAAAUCUGAAAACCUCACACAAGAGAGAAGCACUUAGUGCGCAGGAGAACUUAGAGCACACCAAAAAAGUGUGCUUGUAGCAGCUCUAUUUCACUGAUGACUGAUAUACAAUUUUGAGUUGUUUAUUGUCUAAAUUGUUACUCUGGCUUGAUUAUUUUACUUGUGUAUAAUUGAUGUUAAUGUAAUAAAAUAUUUAAAAUGGUAAAA